GUCGUCUUUCUAAUGUCCAGCUAAGAAAUGCGCAACAGCGUCUGUUCUCUCUUUCUGGCGGUGUAAACCUUACUGCGUCAUGAAUGGAAGCGAGACUGUGGUCGUUACAGGGUUUGGUCCUUUCAGGCAGUUCUUAGUGAACCCAAGCUGGGAGGCAGCACAGGGGUUGAAGUUGGUCGGAUUGGGAGAGCAGAUUAAUGUUUACAUCAAGGAGGUAGUAGUGAGUUACAUCAAAACCCAGCAGAUCAUCGCUGAGAUUUGGCAAACUCUUAAACCAAAGUUUGCUGUUCAUCUUGGUAUCGCCAGAGGUUCCAGAGUCGUCAUAUUAGAGCAAACAGGGAAGAACAGUGGAUACAGAGACAGAGACGUGUGUGGCUUCUGUCCUGAGAGUCACUGCUGUGUGGAAGGAGGGCCGGAGAAACUGGACUCGGUUGUUAACAUGAGGGCUGUCUCCAAACCCUUCAAACAAGCAGGGAUGGAUGUAAUUUAUUCCAGAGACGCUGGCAGGUACCUGUGUGAUUUUGCAUAUUACUGCUCACUGUAUCACGGCCAGAGGAGAGCGGCCCUCAUCCAUGUACCCUCAUCUGGCAGCCUGGCCUCAGCUGACAGACUGGUACCUCUUCUGCAGAGCAUCAUUCAGAGCAUGCUUGGCCAGCUGGAGGGCCCUUCACAAACAGCCUGAGAAGAGGUGAUGACAACUGAUUCCUCAAGCUACUAGUCACAGUGUGUUAGAGCUUCUAAUAUAUUACCUUUUUUCACACCACACAGGUCUCAAGGGAAAUAAAAUAGCAGAGUCAUAGUCCUCAUUCAUUUAUUUAUUCAAAAGUUCAGAAAAAAGAAAAUACAAGAAAUUCUCAGAUACACAUUUGGAGAUGGCAUGUCAAAAAUACACCAUCUCAGCUAUAGGUGUGAAAAAACUUUGAGGCCUCAGAUACAGAACUUGAAAGAAGACAAGAGUGUAGCGAAUGUUUGAUGAUUUCUUUCCCCAAUCAGGUAAUGAACACAGAGAUUUUGUAGAAGUUAAUAAAAGUAAUAGUAGUAGACCAAGGCCCCCUUCUGAAGGUAUAGGAAUGCAAAUCAUAAAAACAGCGGCAUGAUAAUGAUAAACCUUAAACCUAUAAUUGCAGUUAUUCAUGUGAACCUCUUUAUCCUGACGUUCGCAUGAAUAACAUUCUGAAGUAUCAAGAUGAUAACAAUGACUAAGAAGAAUCUGUUUAUUUACUGUAUAUUUAUGCUGGAAAUCUGAUAACGCAAAAAAAAAAGAGGGAAAAAAAGCAAAUAGUUUGAAACUGUAAACUCAAACCUAUCAUCUUUUUCUAGUCGCGUUGUUUACACUUAACAAUGACUACCCGUAAUCUAGGCAACAUCCCUGUUCUAUAUAUGUCCAUGUGUUUAUUUUAAAUGCUGUAGUUCUGACAUGUUUGUGAUUUAAUGGUAACUAGUAAUUUACCUCACAACAAGUCAAUGUAGUGUCUACUCAAAAAGUUGAAAUAUAUCAUAAAUGCCUGCAUCAUUACAUACAUUCAAACUGGAAAAAAAAGAAAUGCAGAUAUGUUAAGUAACUACUUUAACUGUUUGCCUGUCAGUGAUUUUCAGCAGCUGACUUGUUUUUCAACCAAAAGAUGUGUACUUGGAUUUUUAUCCUCUUAAAUCAUGCACCGAUAAAAUGCUUGCGAAGAACCUUGAUUGAGCACCCAAAUUUCACAUUAGAAGUUACCCAGUGGCCUGUUCAUAGUCACAUUUUUUUUUAUUGCUUUUGAAAUCAUUUCAACAUGUAAUUAUCAAAUUAUUUGCUGAAUUUUCCAUUUUUAUCUCCAGCCAAGGAGCCCAUGCAUCGAGACAGCGCUCUCCAUGUAGCCUCUGUGAGUAAAAAGUAGAAAUGAGGUCUUAUUAGAAGCUUCAAGAUGUAAAAAAUUAUCACUUUUUCCAACUUUACACUCAACAUUUUUGAUGACAGUAUAAGAUCCACUGAGGCGACUCUUUGAACCAGCAGCAUUAUUGUAAGUAGAGCUUACUUACGAGUGAUUCAAAAUGACAGAAAAUCUCAAAGAGAUUCACCCUGAUGGUAGCGGAAUUGAGCUAUCACUAGAGCUGUAACAUCGUGGCAUUCAGCAGGUAGAUGUGGACAGGAGAUAUGAUGAUAUUAAUAUAAACCACAGUGAGUUUAUGGGGUAAAAAAAAGAUUAUUUGUAAUUAUCCUUGUGACAAGAGCAAGGUUUCUUCUGCUGCUUUGAUUCCAACAUUGACUGACAAAUCAUUGAAAUAGUCCAUUUAUCAGUUCUUACUGAGAGUUGAAGAGUUGGAGUUAAUGCUAUCUUUAUGAAGGUUUUGUGUAGAAAGUACAGAAAUAUCCAUGUUACAUUCACAUUACUGACCAUUAGCAUAACAAAAUGUAUUUUUGAAUUACUUCUGGAUGUUUGGAAUACACUUAAGUUGUUGAAGUGGAGGAGUGGUACUGUAACC